AUGGCGGAGGUCCAGGGCGCUCCACCUCCCCCUCCCGCGAUGCCAUGGGCGGCACCGACCCAGGCCAUGCAGCCCCCUCCAGCUCCGCAGUGGAAUCCACCCACUCUGGGUCCGCUGGGCGUGGGUUACGGCGGCUACGCCUCGCUACAGACUCCUCCUACAGCGGCAGCACCGAACCGGCUGCAGGUUCACAGCGAGGACUGCGAGGCCUUGCAAAUGCGGCCCUCCCCCGCCGCCAGCCCGUCGAAUGCUUUGGCCCCGCGAGGCUCCCGAGGGCGAUCCCGGCAGGAGGUCUAUGUGCAAGAUCUUCGAGACAACCGCCGCUUUAGGUCUGUCUCAAACCGACGAGCCAUUCAAGCGAUGAACAGCAAAGCAGGUGCCAAAGAACGAGACCGAGAAGGACUCGGUGCACCAACCCUGAGGUCCAGUCGAAGCUCCGCGCUGAACCUGCAGUCGCUUGUGUUGCUCGACAGCGAUGUCAGCAAAUUGACUCUGCUGGACCCGUCUGACGCUUCUAUUGCAGAGCAGCUUCUUGCGUGCUGGAGAUGUCAGGUCUUUGCCGCGGCCUGCUGUUUCAUUUGCCAGGUGCUCCUUGCAGGCUUCAGUCUCGCAUCGCUUCUUCUGGCCGUGGGCGGUGAGGAGGCGGCCACAGCCAGACUUUGGCCGUACCAGGGUGGAGUCCUACAGGUACUGUCGCAGGUAUCAGCCGUGGGAAGUCUCCAAAACGCUUCGCGGGUGCUUCAGGCUUUCAAAAUCCCAGCGCCUUCCGAGGAGCAUUCUGCAGGUCUGCUGCUGAGGCGACUGAUGCUCACGCUGCUGCACAGCUCGGCCAACGUGGCUCUCAUCGUUGUUUGUGCACUAGCGAGUUCUCGGACUGAAUCGUCUGGCCCAAGCUAUUCGCUUCUUCUAGCCGAGGGCCUGCUGGCCCAAGGCGCCUUUCUUUUCGGCCUGCCUGAGGCAGCCCGGUUAAUGUCCUCGUCACCUCGGCGCUUCUUUGAGCGGCAGAAGUCAUCGCCUGGACUGAGCAACACAUAG